GUGUAAUAGGUAUCCGUAUAAAUACCAACCAUUUCACAAGAUAGCUUCAAAUAAUUUGCUGGUUAUUGGUUUAAAAAGCUGAAUAUAUGAAUACAAAUUUUACUCUUAAAUGCCUGUUAGAAGUGCAGUAUUUAUAUACAAUAACAUAAAAAAUAAAGUUCUCAUUUAGUUUCUAAUGCGCCCAUUAUAACAUUCACAAGUGCCGACAAAAAUUAUUCGUGGUGGAAUCAAUUACGCUGGACAUUAUUUUUAUUGCACCAUCAAGUUCAAAGUCAUUAUUGCAUAUUCUAUAAUUUCGUUAGCAAGUCACUAUUGAGUUAUUGGACGCGAAACAAGGCAGUAGGUAGUGAAGUUACGCCAAUAAAGCAUCAAAAUUUCUUAAAAUUCCAAGUCAAUAAAAUUUGUUUAGUCAAUUUGUGUUGGCUGAACAUACACAUAAAUACGUUUUUCUACUCUUAAUUCUGGGACAGCAAUUAAGAUUUUGUGCAUUUUUUUCUAACACACUCGAGAAGCAAUUAGAGUGUGCCGAGGUAUUCCCCAUGCGCUUCACGCCCUUCACCUCAUACAUACAAAUAGUAAAAUAAAAAUAAAACAGGAAACGUAAAUUAAUUGAUGUCAGCUGCAUUUCUUUUAAAAAUUUGCGAAAGGGAGAAUUGAAAAAAGAACGAUUGAAAAUGUCAUUGGCUACGUCAAUUUUGCAUCAGUCGCAGAGCGACAGCGAUUAUACUUUGGGCCAAAAAGCAAUGGACAUAGAGGAACGCAAGUCAGAGAGCUUCUGGCUUUGGAAAUGGGUGUUUAAUUGGACCUCUAGUUCUCCCAUCAUGCUACGUGCAGUUGAAAAGAAAAUUUUGUCUUUCCUAAAAACGCCAUAUCGCGGCUUCUUUGUGGACAUCGGGCCGGCAAUCGGCGAAGCGGAUAAAAUAUGGACUGUCAGCCUAAAUACAGAUUCAAAAGAAGUGCCUUUGGUUAUGCUACACGGAUUGGGUGCUGGAGUAGCUUUGUGGGUUAUGAAUUUGGAUGCGCUUGCUAAAGAUCGUCCUGUUUACGCUAUGGAUGUGUUGGGCUUUGGCCGUAGUUCACGUCCAAACUUCUCCAACGAUGCUCUCGUUUGUGAAAAACAAUUUGUCAAGUCUGUGGAAGAGUGGCGACGAGAAAUGAAUAUAAACAGCAUGAUCUUAUUGGGCCAUUCGAUGGGCGGGUUUGUCGCCUCCAGUUAUGCUUUGUCUUAUCCCGAUAGAGUUAAUCAUCUCAUAUUAGCCGAUCCAUGGGGUUUUCCGGAAAAGCCAGCCGAUGGAACCAAUACCCGCCAACUACCACUUUGGGUACGUGCCAUAGCGUACGCACUAACACCACUGAAUCCACUAUGGGCAUUACGUGCUGCUGGACCGCUUGGUCAGUGGGUUGUGGAAAAAACGCGACCGGAUAUAAUGCGUAAAUUUUCUGCUGCUGUUGAAGAGGACAACAACCUAUUGCCACAUUAUAUACAUCAAUGCAAUGCACAAACACCAAGUGGUGAGUCGGCUUUUCACACGAUGAUGACGUCGUUCGGAUGGGCAAAACAUCCGAUGGUACAUCGCGCGAAAGAUGUGCGUGAAGGUAUUCCCAUAACUUUCAUAUAUGGUUCGCGUUCGUGGAUUGAUUCGUCUUCGGGGGAAAAGAUUAAAGCCCAGAGGCCGGAUUCGAGGGUAGAUAUUAAAAUGGUGAGCGGUGCGGGACAUCAUGUGUAUGCAGAUAAACCAGACGUUUUUAAUAGAUACGUUAACGAAGCCUGCAAAAUAUUUAGCAAAGACUCUGAUCUACGAGAUUCAACAGAAUCCGAUGAAGAACAGAAGAGUACAUCAGCACAUGUUGAAGCGCGCCAACAGCAGGAACUAAAUUCGGAGAAUACGGUGCCCGGGAACCAACAACAAACAGACGAAGUGGUGACAAACAUUAAACCGCAAUAGUACUCUAAUUAAUUGACAAUUAGUCACACGGCACACACUUUAUACCUGCAGUCAGUUUAAUUUUUAACCUAUCUGUUUUAGUCAAUAAAUAGAACAUAGUAUUAGCCCAAAUAUUUUAACGAAAUGUUUAAUGUGCUCAGCAGGAAACUUUUACUGCUGUUCUACGUAACAAUAAUAUUUUGACCAAGAAUAAAAAGUAUUCAUUGGAGGCAAUGUAAA